CUUUCAAACAGUAUGAACGAUUUUAGUCUAAAGAAAGCUUUCAAGAAGUAUAAUAGAUUUUUAAAGAAGAAACAGGAUACAAAUACCAGGCUGGCGGAUUUAAAGAAGAAAAUCGCAACCUUUUUUGGCCAGAAAAGUAUUUAGAUUGAAUAAGACACCUGUGAAAGGAUCGAAAAAGCAACAAAGAGAAUUAGCAGGAAUUUUGGACGGGUCAAAGCCAAGAAAGGGUAAUUUAGAAAAGUCUCACAUAUUCCCUAAUGUUAAAGAAUCUGACAAGCUACCUAAAAGAAGACUUGCAGAGGAAAUCUCGCAGGGAAGGUACAAUCAAUACAAGAAUUGCAAGAAUUUUUCGACUAUUGAGCCAAGAGAAGUGCUAGGAAAUAUGUUUCCUGAAAAGGUCUUAUCCAGCUCAGUUCAGAGGCCCAACAUCAGAUAUAAGCUGAAAACAUCCCAAGGGUUAUCCAUGGACACAGUGUAUUCUAAUUUUGGGUCAAGUAAACUUCAAAGCACAUCGAUGAAAUCUCGAGAGGAGCAUUUCAACUCUAAUAAAUUUAGAAGCUUUAAUAAUCGAAAGAGCAGUGUCUCUUCCAGUGAUGCGAAGGAAGACUUUGCAAGAGAGGAAGAUCAACAAGAGGCCCUCCCUACUAUUAAAAACCAAGGAGAUAUUAUUCUUGAGGAACCAAGCAGAAGCAGUCAAAGGGAAUUGAGGAAAAGAUCUAGAAUGAAGUCUCAUGAGAAGCUUACUCUUGCUCGUAUGAUCAAGGUAGAUGUAUCAGAAUCUGCGGAUUGCAAGCCACAAGUAACUUUACUCAAAAAUGUUUCAAAUCCAAAGAGCUUUGAUAAUUUUCAUCCCACCUCUAUUCGUCAGGAAUAUGAAGGUAAUUAUUCUGAGGAGAAGCCAAGAAAGCCUCGCUAUCAUAGUCAAAGUGUAAAAAGAAAGUUACGGUACUCCGAGCGAGGAAACAGCUCACCAGUCAGAGAAUUUAGCAACAUCAACAACAGCAAUGUCAAAGCGGACCUAAACUUUAAACUUUCAAGAUAUGACAAAGCCAAGAAAGUAUUAAAACUAAUCGAAACACGACCUAUGCGCUAUAAAGAUGGUCGGAAGAACAUCAUCAGAGUAAAGACUAAAUUGCAUAAGAAGAAAAGGAAGAAUAAGAGUCAUCGGAUUCAGCCUAAAAAUGAUGAAAAUUUGAAAACCAUGAUUAAGUUUAAUACCAAGAAUAGUGAUUAUUCUGAUGACACCAGAGAUCUUCUGAGAUAUAUCAAGUCACAAAAGAAUGUUAAUGUUGAGCAAGAAAAAUUGGCAAAAUUGUUGAAGAAAAUUGAUAAAGUAGAUCAAGUGAAUUCAAGAGUGAAGAUUCCGAAUAAAAAUUCACUUCCUUCUUCUUUUCCAUACAAUCUCACUCCUACUGAAGAAAGAAACCUCACAAAAUUCAAAUACCAAGACAAUGUAAACAUCUUCACAGAAAUAAACUAAACUCAACUUAAACCUAUCUUUUUCAAAAAUUAAAAAAACCUAGAGUAUAAAAUCUAACAAUCUUCUUGUUUCUUCAACAAUUCCUUCGCUACCUCUCCUCUAUCCCCUUCCAUUUUCAAUCCAAAUUCAAAAAUCCUCUUUCUCAUCUCACUUGUCUCCAUAUCAACAUAAACCCCCCUAAGCUUCAUUCUCAACUCAUCCUCAUGACCUUCCAACUCCUUAAGCUCCCUUUCCUUAUCUCUCUUCACCCACUGAUUACUUUUCCGUUCCUGUACCAACUGGAUGACCUCCUCUACUUUCUCCACACAAAUUUUCUUGCUUACCCUUUUUACCUUCCUUCUUAAAUCCUCUAAGCUCUUUUGAGUCAGCUCAGUUUCGCUAAUUUUCUUAAGUCUUCGUAGUUCAGCUUCUGUUCGGCCGAUUUGGUUGGUGAAGUUCUUGUUCAUGGUGUUGAGCUUGGCUUCGACUUGGGGGUCGUACUUGGAGAAAGGGGCUUUUGAGCCAAGGAGUUUGUGGAGAGGAGCUUUUGGUU